GUCGGGGGGAGGGGGGUGGGGUGGUAGGUUGUAGGGACAAGAGCGUGUGGUGGCUGCUGAGGAGGGGUCAGGAUCUCUUCAGCGGCUGGGCCAGACCCCCCAGCAGAACCUGCCAGUGCCCGACUCCAUCUAGGCCCCUUCUGGCCCGCUGUGCACGGCGGCCCGCAGCUGUUGGUCCUGGCUCCUGCGGCUGUGGCAGAGAGGGAGGCCGGAGGCCUGUGCGCGCGGGGGCGGGGCCGAAUCGGGCCUGUGGCGCCGGGGACCGAGACGCCGAGACCGCGGGGGCCCAGCGAGGGGAGCCCAGGCCUACGGGCCCUAACGGACUGGUUACUCAGGGCCCAGUCUGACCCGUUUCGCGGGUCCAGCGUCCACCCGAGCAGCCCUCUCCUCUUUGGGACACCCCCUCCAUCACCAGCCUGACCAGUCCCAAUCCGAGGUCGCUGGGCCCGUCUGCCAAGGCGGCCUCCAGGGGCGGGAAGUCACGUUUGUCCCUCAGGCCUGGGCCGCAUGAAGCUUCCCAGACCCCCACCUGUGCGCGCCCUCUCGCUCUUGCUCACUGCCUCCCUCGGGGCCCGCCUUCCUCCUUUCCUUCUUCCAUCUCUUUCUGUCCCGCUCCCUCGCGGGUCUUCUCCGCAGCGAUCCUAGGGUCUUCUCGGCUGCUCUUAGGUUGAUUUCCCCGUUUCCCGGGACGCUUCCACUUGCCCAGGGGAUCUUUCAGCCCUGCUGAGAAGUUCGUUCACCACUUCUCUCGUAGAGAGUUGCCCUGCCAUUUUGAUCUCCCUGAUCGCUGAAACAGCCCGCCAAGUUACUUGGUGUUGUUCUUGAGCGCUCAUCCUAGAGAUUUGGGUGGGUUGUUUGGGCCCGAUUGUGUAGAAAAAAGAAUAGGGUUUUCCUCCCCAGAAGCUAAAAUUCCAAUCACUAUAUUUGUAAAUCCAAUGCUGAGACUGAAGGGGAACCGGCUCCUGGUGAGUCCCCGUUUUGUAAGUGACUCGCUUUGACUAAUCCUUUGCGUGCGUGGGAGGGAGUCGAGUGGGCCAGACUGGUCGGACCGACUUAGCAGGAAUGUUCCACUCACUGCAGAGGAGGUCGCCCUCCAGUGUCUACUCCUACUGUGUGAGCUCUGCACGGUUUGCCAGCCUUGCCGAUGGGAGCCUGGGCUGGGGGCAUCAGGUGAGCGCCCUCAAGGGCAGGGUGCAGCAGGUUCUCCGGUGGUUCCAGAAGGAGACCGAGAGAGGCACUAGGCAGAAUAAGAGCCUCCUCUCGCUUUUAGCUAACCAAUGUAGCUAUGUCACCAGUCUGAGGGUCCGCCGUGCCCAGCAGAUCGGUCAGCUCUACAGCAACAUCUACUCGGAGAGGACGCGCUGGAGCCUCUUCAACAGACUUUGGCGCAAGUUUCACAGCCACCACGGGAAUGCUUGUAAACUGAUGGCUGCCCUCACCGGAAUCUUUGUGUGGGAAGAGGAGAGGAUCAAAGAAGAGGAAUUACAGAGAUCUAUUGAUGAGAUGAAAAGAAUGGAGGAAAUGUCUAGUGUGUUCCGAAGGAGUGGAGUAGAGUGCCACGCUCCUGAACUGAAACCCCAAACAGAAGAAACAAGUGAUAUAGCCACUAAAGAGCAGCCAUGGGAAAUGGUAAUGGACAAGAAACACUUCAAACUCUGGAGGCGUCUGAUCAGUGGUACUCACCUGUACCAAUACAGAGUUUUUGGAACAUAUACCGAUGUGACACCUAGACAGUUCUUCAAUGUUCAGCUAGAUACAGAAUAUAGAAAGAAGUGGGAUGCUCUAGUCAUCAAACUGGAAGUGAUUGAAAGGGAUGUGAUCAGUGGUUCUGAAGUUCUUCAUUGGGUAACUCAUUUUCCUUAUCCAAUGUAUUCACGGGAUUAUGUAUACGUACGAAGAUACAGUGUGGAUCAGGAAAAUAAUGUGAUGGUGUUGGUGUCACGAGCAGUGGAACAUCCUAAUGUACCAGAAUCUCCUGAAUUUGUUCGCGUCCGGUCAUAUGAAUCCCAGAUGGUUAUCCGCCCCCACAAAUCAUUUGAUGAGAAUGGCUUUGACUAUUUGCUAACAUACAGUGACAAUCCCCAAACUGUGUUUCCUCGUUACUGCGUCAGCUGGAUGGUCUCCAGUGGCAUGCCCGAUUUCCUGGAGAAGCUGCACAUGGCUACGCUGAAAGCCAAGAACAUGGAGAUCAAAGUGAAGGACUACAUCUCGGCCAAACCCUUAGAUGUCGGCAGUGAGGCCAAGGCAGCCACUCAGAGCCCAGACCGGAAGAGCGAGGGCAGCUGUGGUCCUGCUCGCAUCGAGUACGCUUAAGGGGGUUCGGUUUGGGGGGGAGAAGUUGUUCAUAUUGCCGUGGACCUUACCCCCUGCUGCAGGACAGGGAAAAGCCAGGGACAGUGGAAGAGGUCUGCUUUACUUGAAAAGACAAGAUCAAUUGACAACUGGAAUCUAAUUCACUUGGCCUGGCUCUUUUCAGUGCUUUUGCCAUCCUUUUUUUCAGAACAUUUGAGAAGAUGGCAUCUCUCUUGGGAAGCUGUUGUAUUUCUGACCCAAGAAUUUUAAAUUCAGUGUUUCACUGAGGUACUAUGGGACAGAUUUCUUAUACCUCUGUAAGGAUGAGAACACUUCCAUAUGUCCUCUUGGAGCAUUUUCCUCACACCUGGAUUUUACUUUGUGCCAUCAAUUCUUCAAUGACUUGGCUUUCAUUCACUUCUGGAAGACUUCAACUAAUAAGACUGUUUGGGUUUUUCAUCAAUUUGUGGGGGAAAUGGGUAUUGAGAAAUCUCUUGGCAGUAGGUCUUUGUAUGUGCUGACUAUAAAUGAAACAGUCCUAUGUGGCCUAAGUGCCUUCUCUUGAUCUUUGUUUAGGAACAACAUGAAAGCUGUGCCAAGAAAUGCCCUUCCUUCAUUCAGAAAGUGUCAUUUUUUCCUGUGAGAUUCCAUUUUAAAUCUGCUUAAUACCUUUACUGCCCUUUCUGGUUUUGAUUAUGUUAUCUUACCCAUCGUCUCCUUCCCAUCCUCCCCAACAUAGGGCCAUCAGUAAAGAAAGCCCUUUAAGAUAAUAAUACAUUAAUAAUAUUCAGAUACGAUCAGUCAAGAUGUUGGUAAGGCAACUUACUAAAAAUAUUGAAUUAAACUUUAAUUUUUAUUUUGUGUUAAUUUUUGAUCAAGAAAAUAGAAUAGGGAAUCACAUAGUUAUUACUAGUUUUGAGGAUUCCUCCUUUGCUUAGCUACAGAAGAUUCUUCCUUAACCUCACUGCAAAGAAAAUGCCAAACUUGUCAGCCCUCUUGGUUUGACUUAAGUCAGUCUUAUUUCUGGAGGUUCAUAAGGUUUGUAUAGUCCCUUGUGAUGAAGCUCUGGCAUAAAGUCACCAUGGAGACUCUCCGGGGAUCUGUCCUCUGCUCCCGAUUGGGAAGAGAACACAAAGGGAAGGAAUGAUAAUUUUCUUCUCAUAGAGGUUUCAGAACAAAAUAAGCCAAGGUAAGAUUUUUUAGAAUGAAAAACCUAGCCAUAACCAUAAUUGCCAUCGUAAGAAAUGCUGGCUGAACUGUGUAAAACAAAAAAGAAAACCCAUUCCUUUACUUUUCCUCAAUCACUGCAAAAUCUCUCCCAUUACCUCUCUUUCUAUUUAUUGCAUUGAAAUACUGUUACCUCUUAUGCAUGAUUGACCUGAAUUUUGCUGGAAGGUUUUAACUCUGGCCAGGUAUACUAAUCGAUCUGGCCAGAGAAAGGUCCAACUUGAAGGCUAAUAGUAUUUGCAGAGUGGGAUGAAUGAUCCUAACUGGGCUUAUUAGGUUUUGAUUUUGACUAGAGUGCCUUGCUCUGGAUUGGACACAUUGGCUGUAAUGGCUUUGGAAGAAUCCUACCUGAAGGCAAGUGUGCUAUCUCCAUACUUAAGAUAUAUUCUGAUUCAAAUGGUAUAAGAUAGUACGGGUGUUCUCAUCUGGGCUCAGUUACAGUGAUAAAACUUCAAUCUGGAAGGUGGUAGGAACUUUGAAAUCUCCCUUAUCACCAAAAUUUAGGUGGGAAACUUCUGUUUGCCAUUCCUUACUCUCUAUUUCUAUCAUGGGAGAAAGGAUCUAAUCCUAAAGUAACUUCAAUCACCCUAUAGUAUCCUUACUGUCUAUUCAGUUUUGUGCCAAGGUAGUGAUCCCACCAACACUUUUUUUGGUUGUUCAGAUGAUCCGACACAGGUACACUAAUUAUAUAAGAGUUCAAGCUCCUUUUCAUUGACCCUUCUUUUUUUAUUUCAGAAUGUGAUGAAAUCAGGGAACAGUCAAUGAGUUCCAUUAAUAUUCAUUACCUACAGGAGUUAUUGUGUAUAAAGAGCAAUUAUAAAGGUGCUUAGGGUACUUAGGCUGCUCUUUGUGAUUCUGUGUUCUGAUUUGUGGCACUGGUUGUCAGUGUAGUCUUUUGGGAUUGUAAUAAUUUUACUAAUAACUGGCAUUUUUAUCAAAAGUGUGAAUAAAUAUACAGAUUGGUAUGAAA